AUGCCGUCCAUCGAUGGUGAGCGGUACGAUGGACCUUCUGCGAAAAGACAAAAGAGAAUUCUGGAUGAAGACGCACAGAAAAAGAUCCGGCGGCCAGGUUCUGAGAUCUUCUCUCCUUUCAGAACUCUAGGAUUGGUAUCACCGACAGAUGUCCCAUUCACUGCUGUCCGGUUGGGAAAGUCGACAUUCCAGAUUACGACUUCGGUGGGACGCUCGUUGCAGACCUACGAUCUACGCCGUGGACUCAAUCUUGUCUUCCUCACUCGUCCUCAGACACCGGACAUAAUCACGGCGACGUAUGCCUGGAAAGACGCGGUUUUUGCAGCAUGGGGAGGCCUGCGACCUGGAUCGCCUGCCGGAGUCUGGAUAUUCAAACGAGGUAAAAAGGUAGCGGAGUUGCAAAGCCCCCCCGGGCCUGUUGAGCCCGUUGAGCAGAUCCUCGUUUUUGGUUCCUGGAUUGUCGGACGGUGUGGCAGAAGUAUCCAUGUCUGGAAGUCGGUAUCCUAUGAGCAUUACACCACCUUGACUCCGGCCGAAUCCAGAGGGCUCUCUGAAAAGCAGGUCUUCACUGGAAAGAUGUGCACUAUGCCUACAUAUCUCAACAAGAUUUUCGUGGGCAAGUUCGACGGUAGCGUGGAUAUCUACAACGUGAGCAGCGGAAAAUUGCUCUAUUCUAUCCUUCCGACGGCACCCAACACAGGACCGGUUACCACGCUGGAGCCGACGCCAGCCCUCUCAUUGAUCGCUAUUGCUUAUAAGAACGGCUUUCUAUCAAUUCAUAAUGUGGAGACGGAUCAAAGCGUACUAUCAUUGCGAUCAAGUUCUACAAAAGCUGCCGCAGUGACAUCAAUCGCUUUCCGAACCGAUGGCUUGGGUGCAGGUGAGGAUGGCAGAAAGUCUGGGGUCAUGGCAACGGCUGCAGCGGAUAGUGGCGAUAUUACCAUGUGGGAUCUGAAUUUCGGGGGUCGGAUAACUGGUAUCCUCCGCGGGGCUCACGAAACGUCGUCCCAUGAUAAGGAGUCUGGAAUCAGUGGAAUCGCGUUCCUUGAUGGCCAGCCUAUCAUGGUAUCUUCAGGAAAAGAUAACGCUUUGCGGACUUGGAUAUUUGAGGAGACGCCAUUCUCACCGAUUCCACGAUUGCUCCAUUCAAGAAGCGGCCAUUCCGCAGCGGUCACUGCCCUCAGUUUCUUGCCCGCCCCAUCUGAUGGGUCAGAGUCAGUCGGAAAGUGGCUAUUAAGUGCAAGCAAAGAUCAUAGUUUAUGGGGAUUCAGUCUGCGAAAGGAUGGGCAAAAUACUGAACUCUCUCAAGGAAACGUCAAGAGUACCGCAAAAAAACUUGCUGGUACCCGUGGCCGGUCCGGAGAAUCUGUAAAAUCAGAAGACCUCAAAGCUCCAGAGAUCACUUGCAUGGCAUGCUCUUUGAACCGUGAUGGUGGGAUGGCAGUUGCGGCUUCCGGUCCUGUUUGGUCAAAUACGCGAGGCACCGAGGCGGAAGCUUCCAGUGUUCUUGGAUGGGAGAGCAUUGUGACCGGCCAUAAAGGGGAUAAGUAUGCUCGUACAUGGUUCUGGGGGAAGAAAAAGGCCGGUCGGUGGGCCUUCGAAACUGGUGAUGGAACAGAAGUCAAGAGUGUGGCUAUUUCACCAUGUGGGACCUUUGCUCUUGUUGGUUCGGCGGGCGGUAGCAUCGACAUGUUCAACUUGCAGUCGGGCAUGCAUCGUCAGAGCUUCCCUGCUCGCAUUUCGAAUCCGAGGAAGCUUGGAACUACGACCUCGAAUUCCUUGAAGAAGUUCGCAGCAGGCGAAGGCAAACACACCAAGGAAGUGACAGGCAUCAUGGUAGACUCCCUUAACCGAACAGUGGUGAGCUGCGGUCUCGACGGCAAAGUAAAGUUCUGGGACCUCCUUUCGGGGCGCUUGAUCAACGAGUUGGAUUGGCAUCCUAUGACAGCUAUUGUUGGUUUAAGAUAUAGCAACGCAAGCGACUUGGUAGCCUUCAGCUGUGAUGACCUCUCAAUUCGUGUUGUGGACAUCGAGACCAUGAAAGUUGUUCGUGAGUUCUGGGGAUGCAUCGGUCAGAUCAAUGACUUUUGCUUCUCCAACGAUGGCCGAUGGAUCGUUGCGGCUUCGAUGGAUUCGAUCAUCAGGAUAUGGGAUUUGCCCACCGGCCAUUUAAUUGAUGCCUUCCGGGUGGCUAGCACAUGCACAUCGUUGUCUUUCUCAAGCACGGGUGAAUUCUUGGCUACCGCUCAUGCAGACGGUGUAGGCAUCAACCUCUGGAGCAAUCGAAGCCUAUUUGCGCAUAUACCGACCAGACAUAUCGACGAGGAUGAUAUUGCCGAGAUUGCAGCUCCUACAGCAUCUGGUGAGAAUGGUGCGGGUACGAUCGAGGCUGCCUUCGACGACAAUAAUGGCGACGAGGAGCGAGAAGGGCCGGUCCUAUCCUUUGAGCAGUUAAGUCAAGAAAUGAUGACACUUAGUGUUGUCCCCAGGAGUAGAUGGCAGACUCUGUUGCAUUUGGAUGUUAUCAAGGAGCGCAAUAAGCCGAAAGAGGCUCCCAAGGCACCGGAAAAGGCACCCUUUUUCCUUCCGUCUCUCCUUGGGAAAGACGACACGAACGCAGCAGUUGAAGGUGCUGAAAAUGGCAAGGCUGGUAAACCCUCUUCGAACGAUGCCGCAACCGAGCGCUCGAGGAUCGCUAGGAUUCAAAGCGAGCAAGGGGUCGGCCUUGGUGGACCUCGCUUUAACGCACUUCUGCGUUCUGGCUCGGAAUCAGGAAAUUUCGAACCCUUUGUCGAGUUUCUGAAGGCUUUACCGCCAGCAAAGGCAGACUUGGAGAUCCGAUCGCUUGAUCCGCGUAUCCGCAGUGGCCGAUGCGAGCUGGUAGACUUUGUUACAGCAUUAACAGGGCGAUUGCGGAUGAAGAGAGAUUUUGAACUUGUCAAUGCCUGGAUGGCCGUCUUUCUGAAGGUACAUGCUGAUAUUCUUGGGGACUGGUCAGCAUCGACAGACGAUGAGCAUCAGGUAGCUGAGAUGCUGCGAGAGGCUCUGGCGGUUUGGAAAUCAGAGGAGCAGCGGGAAGCAAAGAGGUUGGCGGCGUUGAUGAGCUACUGCAGGGGAGUGGUCGGAUUCCUGCGAUCUGCACGAUAG